AGGAGACCUCGUUAGUCGCUCGAAGGGCCCCCCAGGUUUUGCUUCAUGGCGGAGGAGCCGGCAGCGAAGAAACAGAGGACGGAGGAGGACGCGGCGGCGGCGCCCGCCGCUCCGGCGGCUCCGGCGGCUCCCGCGGCGCCUGAGGAGAAGGAGAAGGAUGCCCCGAAGGCGAGCGGGCCCAAGCUGAAGGAGGCCGUGACCUUCCUGACGCAGGACACGACCCUGAACGUCAUGGUCUCGGCUUUGGGGAAUCUGCUGAUGCCGCUCUCGGACGGCGGCAUCCGGCACCUCCUAGCCGGUGCCAGAACGAACGUGGGCCUGAAGGGAGGGAGGUACAUGUUCGAGGCAAAGAUCGUAGAGCAGGUGGCGCGAGGGGAUGAGAGCGGCAAGCCCGCGCCCAAGCAUGUGAUGCGGAUCGGUUUCUCCACGGCGUCCUCGCCUUUGGUCAUGGGCCAUGGUGACACCGACAUCUGCUUCGACAUGGAGGGCGUUAUGAUCCAUGAGAAGAAGCGAACGCCCCUAGGAGUGGCAGCUAGAUAUGGCAGGGGUAGCGUCCUAGCGGUGCUGUUGAACUUGGACAAGAACAGUCCGAACGCCGGCACCGUGAGCCUCUUCAAGGACGGGAAGAGGGUCUGCGAGCCUCAGCCUCUCCCGGACUCUCUUCAAGGCAAGACGCUGUACCCGACCAUCAACUAUCGCAACGUGGCGGUGAAUGUGAACUUCGGCCCGGUGCCCCAAGCCCCGCUUCCGUUCACUUGCACCAUGGUUGCGGAAGCUUUGGCAUCCCACAGCGCGGUGACGGCCGCUGGCUCCGCGGAGUGUGAGGUGGUCUUUGCGUGCUGUCUGCCAGACCACGGCGGGUUCGACUGGUUGGACCUGUGGAAGGCCAAGAACCCCAAGUACACGGAGCUCUCGGACCGCGCCAUCCUAGACUGGGCGGAGAAGAGCGGCAUCCCCUUCCAGAAGAACGUCUCCUCCAACGACAAGCCGGACGCCAAGUUCGGCAUCCCCGAGAUGGAGGAUAUGAGCAUCAAGCGGAUGAUCCAGGCCAUGGCACCGCUGCAGAAGCGGAACUACGUGGUGAUGGAGGUGCGGGGCAACCUCAUCAAGGAGAAGCGCGCGGAGGGCCUGGCCCGCUUCUUUGACAGCUGCUUCAAGAAGAAGGCCUGCGUGGUCAUUGGGGACCCCUCCGCGGACUUCAAGAAGAAGUCCUUGGAGCUGAUGCUGAAGGACAAGCAGGAGAAGGCCGACCUCGAGUUCAAGAAGCAGAAGGACGAGGAGGCGCGCAAGCGAGCCAUCGAGAAGAAGGCCAAGGAGGCGGAGAAGGCCAAGAAGAAGGCGGAGAAGGAGCGAUUGAAAAAGAUGGCGGAGAUGAAGAAAGCGCAGGAGAAGGCCAAGAAAGAAGCCGAGAAGAAGAAGGCUGAGGCGGAAGGAAAGGAGCUCCCUGAAGAGGAGGAGGAGGAGAAGGACGUCGAAAUGGAGGACGAGGUCGAGGAGGAGGAGGAGGAGGACGUCGAAGAGAUGGAAGCGGAUGAAGAGCCCCCAAAAGUGAAGCUGACGCCAGAGGAACAGAAGUCCACCUUCCGGAAGCUGGCGGUGCCGGACGUGCCGCAGACGGUGCUGAACACCAGCUUCACCAAGUUCUCCCUGCCCGAGGCUGCGGAGGGCUUCGAUGAUAUCGUCUACGAGUGGACGAAGGGCGAGAAGGCCGGGGCCUUCCUGCAGAAGUGGGUCAUGGAUCGGAAGCUGACAAGCCGGGUGGAGGACUUGACGCCCUCCGCCUGGUUCAAGCAGAAGAACGGGGCCUGGCAGAAGGUGUUCCAGAAGUGGCAGCAGAAGCAGCAGGAGUUCCGGCAGAAGCAGCAGAAGAAGGCGCAGGAGAAGGCGCAGAAGGAGGCCAAGAAGGCACAGGCCGCCAAGCUGGCGGAGAUGAAGGCGGCCGCCGAGAAGGCCAAGAAGGAGGCGGAAAAGGCUGAGAAGGACGAGGAGAUGGAGGCCAAGGAGGAGGAGGAGGAUGUGAAAGAAGAGGAGAAGGAGGACAAGGCAGAUGAGGAGGAGGAGGAAGAAGAGGAGGAUGUGGAUUUUGAGGGCAUUGACAUCUUCGGCAUUGACGAGGUGGAUGACAUUGGGGGAGGCAUGCCCUUGUACAAGGACUUCGGGAUGGAGGAUUGGGCUUUGAUGUCCUUGUGCUUCGAGCUGCAGCUUAUGGCUCAUGCCUUCAAGAAGGACUGCAACGACCCAGACCGCAAGGGCAUGAUCUUGGAGCACCUGGGCUUCUACUUCAACCGCUACUACUCCAAGCCGCUGAGCCCCAAGAACUUCGGGGUGGAGUCGGAGGCGGAGCUGGUGGAGCUGGCGAAGGACUGCGUUUUCUUCAACAAGGACAAGGUCUUGGAGUCGCUGCUGGACGAGGAGAUCGAGUACCCGCAGGUCUUUGUGAAGAUCGCAGAGGAGGGCCGAAGGCACCGGGCGCUGCUCUUUGACAUGGGCAACGAGAGCGCCAAGCUGAAGGUCUCUGGACAUGUCGCCAAGGGCGGCAAGGAGGGCAAGGACGGCAAGGGCAAGUCCCAGAAGGGCUUCGGCAAGGGCGCCAUGGGUAUGGGCCCCAUGGGCGGCAUGGGCGGUCCCAUGGGCGGCAUGGGCGGUCCCAUGGGCGGCAUGGGCGGCAUGGGCGGCAUGGGCGGCAUGCCCUUCGGCCAGAAGGGCGGAAAGGGCUUUAUGCCUUUCCAGAAGGGCGGCAAAGCCUGGAAGGGCAAGUGAGCGGCCCAUGUAUGAGAACGGUGUGGACCUGUACAAUAGAGGCGCAUCGGACACACAUUUUGGCACCCAGCUUCAGCAAAGGGGGGCUAGACCACAUGAAGAUGUAGAUCAGUGUGCAAUCGGCUGACAGCCCACUCAGCAAACAUUUGGGAAGAGCAGACAGACAAUGGAUAAGACAACCGUUUGCCUUCGCUCGGUAUUGCACA